AUGGCUGAUAUAUUGUCAUUAAAAGUAGCCUUUAUUGAAUUCAUUGAAAAAUUACUGCCUUCGAUAUCAGAUCCGAUGUCAAUUACAUAAUAAAAAUGCUAAUUGCUCAUAAAACUCCUUCAAGACCAAGCAAAGACAAUUUCGGAUGUUUGUUUGUUUAUUUAAAACUUCAAAAUAGGCCAUAUGAAACCCUCUAAUUAGAAUGGUUAAGAGGAGGAAAAAUCAAAAUCUCCAACCAAAACAAAACAAACAGAUCAUGAGCUGUUCUAGCCAGAAUCAUAUUUUAGGUUAAACCUUCCUAAUAAAGACUUAAUAAUAAAGAAGUCUGGUCACAAGUAUGGUGAAUUAAAAGAAAAAAAUAACAAUGUUGAAUAAAUUGAAGGCCAAACAGAAGACACAUCAACGCCUCUCAAAUUUGGAAUUGAUAAAUUGAAAAAAACCCCAAAAUCUACUUCUACCUUGAAUACGUUCUUCUAAUAAGUCAAAGGAUUUUCAAUAGUUUCAAGAGAAUACCUUAUUGAUGAUCUACAAUCAUGCAUGAAAGAAUUUAGAAGACACACUAAAAUCAUGGGUUGCAUAGAGCAAAGGUCCUUUGAGGUAAACAGUGGUGAAAUUUCGGAAGCAGAUAAAAAACUACAUAAUUAAAACUAUAAUUUUACUAGUUAUACCAAACAAGUUGAACGAUAAAAAUCUUUUAAAAAAAUGAGCAUAUUUGAACAAAAGAAAAACCCAGAACCAAACAUCCUCAAGUAAAAUAAUGAGCAAUUAUUACCUACAUAGAAUGCAACACCAAUUUAGACUACACCCUCUCUAUAAAAAGUUUAAGAAUCAAAGAAUAUAGAUGUUCAAUAACCAUACACUGCUCGCACAUAUUAACAUUCCAAAACAACAUUAUAUUCUUAAAGAGCUUAGCAGAGAAGAAAUGAAUAAUAAGCAAUGUUGAAUUAACAGGUUACAACUUAAUAAAAUAACGAAUAACUUAACAACCCAAACUAGUAAAAUAAUAGAAUAGAUAAUUAAGAUCAAAAUAAAAAAUUCUAAGCUUCUCCGCUCUCUGAAGAAUCAACUAGUAAUGGAACCCCAGAAAUUGUCAAAGUAGGCACUGUUACAUCAGCACAAUAGACAAAUAAACGAUCUAUUAAUGAUAAUGUUUCUCUAAAUACACAAAUAAAUUCUCUUCCAAUUUCCCCAAUACUGAACAAUAAUAAAUUUCCUAUUGAAUCUACUUAAUCUUAAACUCACUCAAGAGAAUAAUCAACCAAUGAAGGUAUUAAAGUUGAUUAGAAUUAAUAACUAUCCUAUAGAAACACUUAUACAAGAUUUAAUUACACAUAAUAAAGAUUAUAGUAUGCUAGAGGGAAUCUCAUUUCAAAUAAUUAAAAAGGUUCGACUAAUUAAAACGUAGAUGACAAAAAUAUAGAAGUUAGGAUAGAUACAAAAUAAUUGGAUUCAAACUAUUGAUUAUAAUGUUCGUUUAUAAUUUAAUAAAUUUUUCACAAUAUUUUA